AUCCGUGCAAGCGCUAUUCAUAUGGCUGCGAACCUAGGACCGCAGUGCGCAUGUCGGUCGCGUAAUGGAGCGUCUGUGACCAGAAAUGCGCACGCAAGUAGUUGAGUGUGCGUGAAACAAAGUGCUGAUCGUCAAUCACCAGAGUGACUACAAAGCGCAGAUGCCAAGGAGAAAGGCCGUAAGAAGAAGUUGCAGUUCCCAGUCUGCUGUACAGCCAAUCGACUAUUCCUCCAUACGCUCAGCCUGUGUCAUAGCUGCAGUUGUGCAAGGCAAGACCAGGACUUGUCACUUGCGUCGUCUCGGAGUUUUUGACCUUCGCGUCACAACUUCAAACGCGACUCCCAAUAACGACCAACAUGUCUCGUUCCAUCUACAAGCUUAUACAAGCAGCGGGUCCUGGCGAAAUCAACGACGUCUUUGCUGACAUUCGUGCACUUGUGGACAACGACAAUCAAGUCUUUGCGAAAGCCGCACCAGAGCUCGCACAGUACAACAAAAGUCAACUGCUGGUAGUCAAGGUGGACGGCGAGGACACAGUCCUCUCAGAGGAGGCCGAACUAGCAGACGGCCGGUUCCAAGAUGCGCGGCGCGGCAAGGUUUUUGCCUUCGAUCACCUGACGCUCAAGGCAAGCGAUACAGAGACAGCGCCGGUGCCGACUGCUGUCAAAACGCUUGCCGCUUCUGUCGAGGCUUACACGCAAGAGCAUUUCCCCAGUGCGGCCUUCUCUGUCACACCGCAAGGCGACAAUUUAGUGGUCUCCAUCGUCGGCAACAAGUACAGCCCAGACAACUUUUGGACUGGUCGCUGGCGGAGUACGUAUGUCGUGGGCAAAAGUCGGCUCGACGGGACGAUUCUACUGGAUGUGCACUACUAUGAAGAUGGUAACGUACGGCUGCUGACCCAGAAGCAAGUCGAAGCUGUCGCAGAGCCAUCGACAGCUGUACGUAGCAUAGCGCAAGCGGAGAAGAAGUACCAGGAAGAGCUGAAUCGCGCCUUUGGUGUGCUGGGCGAAGGCAGCUUCAAGGAGCUUCGCAGGGCGUUGCCAGUGACGCGGUCCAAAAUCAACUGGGACUCGGUCGCGAGUAUGCGCAUUGGUCAAGAGAUUCAAGGUGGGCGCGAACGGGCUUGA